GCAAUGGGAUUCACUAAGUGUACAUGAACAUUACGCAAGAUCCUGCGCCUUCAAUCCAUCGAGAAGGGGUGAGAGGGACCCUGUUCGCUCGAGCAAGGUUUUAAAAAUCAGGACUCAGGACAGAGACAGAGAGAGAGAGAACCGUCUCGGUAGAUCCCUUGAUUCAGCACGAUCUAGUCCAGACUGCUCUGACAAAACAAGCAUCCUCCCUCCAGCAUUAGAGCAAUGCUGCAAGAUUGGAAAAAAACAUCAGGUCUGUUGUUUUUCUCUUGAGGUGUCGAGACGCAUUGCUGUGCCAAAAGGCGUAAUCAUCCUAACCAACUGAAUCUCGUCGUUUCUUUAGAAGAUUUCCUUAUAAAUAUGACAGCAUUUUUGAAUAAUUAUCGCAGGCGGUCGAGUCCCAGAUGACUGGAUUUUUGUAGUAACCGACCGUUGGGGUAAUUUUUGCUGGAUCCGUUAUCUUCGUUGAAGGCGUUGCUUGUGUUCCUUCUUUCUUGUUUGUGUGUGUUUUGUUGCCCGGCUGCUUGAAUUGUCCAGGCGCCUUCUUGCUCUGAAUUGUGAUCCUCAUUUCAUGCAUGUCCAGGGGUGGCAGGUUCGAUUUUGACGAUGGAGGGUCGUAUUGUGGAGGUUGGGAAGAUGGCAAGGCUCAUGGACAUGGCAUCUGCACCGGCCCAAAGGGCCAAGGGGAGUACGCGGGCUCUUGGAGCCAUGGCUUCGAGGUGGUUGGAGUGUACACCUGGCCAAGUGGUAAUACCUACCAGGGGACAUGGGCUCAAGGGAAGAGGCAUGGCAUCGGAGUGGAGAGCAAGGGAAAGUGGGUCUACAAGGGCGAAUGGUGCCAUGGUUUCAAAGGACGAUAUGGGGUUCGGGAGAGCAUUGGCAGUGGAGCCAAGUACGAAGGGACCUGGAACAAUGGACUGCAAGAUGGGUACGGAACAGAGACCUACAGAGAUGGAGGUACCUAUCAAGGGCAGUGGAUUGGAGGAAUGCGUCAUGGGUAUGGUGUGCGUCAGAGUGUUCCCUAUGGGAUGGCUGCUGUUAUCAGGUCUCCCCUCAGAACUUCUAUUAACUCUCUAAGAAGUGAACAUAGUAAUGGUACAGCCAUACACCCAGACACUCCAGCUGGAAGUCCUGCAGGAUCACGGGGGGGCUUUGUUCUCACUAUGCAUAGUGACAAUGAUCUUCUUUCAACCAAAAACAAAAAGAAAGGGAUUUUUCGCAGAUCCCUUUUAAGUGGGCUGAAACUCCGGAAGUCCGAGUCCAAAAGUUCCUUGGCGAGCCAAAGAAGCAAGCAGAGUUCAUUUCGCAGUGAAGCUGGGAUGAGCACGGUCAGUUCUACAGCCAGUGAUAUCAAUUCCACAAUUAGUUUUGGUGAAGUUGAGACAGAUUUGUCAGUCAUUGAAGAUGAUAUAGAUGCAACAACAACAGAAACCUAUGUGGGAGAAUGGAAGAACGACAAACGGUCUGGGUUUGGGUUAAGCCAUCGUUCUGAUGGCUUGAAAUUCGAAGGGGAGUGGCUGAGCAACAAGAGGCACGGUUAUGGAUGUACAACAUUUCCAGAUGGAACAAAAGAAGAAGGCAAAUAUAAACAGAACGUGUUGGUGAGUGGGAAGAGGAAGAACUUGAUUCCUCUACGGACAAGUAAGAUUCGAGAUAAAGUGGAUAGGGCAGUGGAAGCAGCUGAACGGGCUGCAGCUAUUGCCAAACAAAAAGCUGAGAUUUCUGCAUCCAGGACAUCUCAUGCUAAGUCAAAAUCGGAGGUGGCUGAAACAGCUGCUCAAAAAGCUCAGGAUGAAGCGCAGCUUGCAAGGAUCACUGCCAAAGAGUUCUCACCAUCUACCCAACACCCAGGCAAUGGAAUUGAGUAUCAAAGGCCAAAACACCAGAACUCAACUGAAAACGAGAUAGACAGAAUUUCAUCAGAAAGUCCACCUCAGGAAGAAAGUCCAGAGCUCUACAGGAAGGGAACAACACCUCCAGAUCUUACUCCAGAACACAGCCCUGUGCCAAGCCGAUCAUCCAGUUCACCAUCAACCUCACCACCAAAGUACAGAAAAAAGAAUGCAAGGCUUGUAAGACAGGUGCAUUUAGAACAUGACAAAGGGCAAGACAUUCAGGUGCUGCUGGAAGGAGGAAGGGAUGAUUACCCAAGACCUACUAACUGGAAUGAUAAGCUGCGAUUGGGCAAUCGAAGAGGAGCAAGCAAAGGAAGCAGCCACUCCAACACACCAUCAAUAGCUGAGGAGAUCAGGGAAAGAAGUACCGAAUGCAAAUACAAACACAGACCCACUGACAGAAAAGGAACAGAGUCACCGACAUUUUCAUGGACAUCCUAUCGGUUGCAUAAUCAUGAUUCAGGUAGCCAGCUGCAUGAGCAGGAUGAAGAAAAACUUAGUAACUAUGAAAUGGAAAUGAAGCCCCUACAACGCAUGGAUUCCUAUGUGCAAGAUACAUUUUCAGAAAAACACCACAGUAAUUUCAGCUCCAAAAACAUGAUGGAAGAUUAUCAUCCAGACUUUCUCAGCUAUGGAGUUCAGAGGCUAAAACCAACUGUACAAAAUAAAGAGAACUUCAGACCUAUGAGUCCCUCUGAGCCCAAUGUACAAAGGCUGGAGACCUUGAGAAUGAAUGUAAAGCUAGAGCCACGACCAUCGAGACACAAUAUUAGUAUGCCACCAAAUUCAAGAACAGUAAAUAUCCAACAGUGCGAAGAGGAAAUGAUGGUUCAGUAUAAAUCUGAUUCAGGCUCCAAUCCUAUUCUGGUUGCUAUGGUGAUUUUGCUAAACAUCAGUGUCGCCAUUUUGUUUAUUCACUUUUUUAUUUGAAUGCCUAUUUGUCAGUUUAAAUGAGAGAAAACAUGAAAUUGCAUAAAAGAAAACUGGUGUACUUCAAUCUGAAAAAGUCAGCUUUUACUGAGAACACGGUCAACUUCUUCACACUUUGCCUUUCCUAGAUAACAAUACUGGAGUAGUCAAAAUUAAUGGCAUAAAUAAAAUAGGUCUGUGGCAUGACAGAAUGGUGAAAUAUGCUUCCCCAUUACUUCAACAAUUUAAUGUGCAAUAUUUGAAGAGAAGAACUGUAAACAAACUGGGAGGAAGGUACAUGACCUUAGUUCUGACAUCAAGAAACUUAAGACGUUGAUAUGUCCAUUUGGUUGUUGAUGAGGAUUUAUUCUGAAUGUAUUGCAGACACUGAGUUUACAGUAUAUUCUUUUGUUGGUCUACUCAAGUCAAUUUUCAAACUACAAUUUUUUUAUUGUUAUGGAAACAUUCAGAGUAUUUUGAUUAAAAUAAGCUGCACAAGCCAACAAUUAUGCCACAGAAAUUAACUCAUUAGAUUCAUUCAUAUUUAUUUCAUAACAUUUAGCCACUUUUUUUCUUAGACAUAUUCUUCUGAAGACUGCAGAAGCUUAAAGGGUGAUAGAGAAUAUUUUGCAUAAGAGGUAUUAUUACUGCACCAAAACAAAAUAAGAAUCGGUAAAUGACUGUUUUAUUAAUUCAAAGAGAUAUUCCUGGCUCCAGGUUGACCAUUUGAGAAGUUUAUUUCAUAAUAUUUAAAAUAUAAAUAAAACUAAUUCUCCAGAGAUGAUAAUAUACACUUCCUCAACAUUACACAAGUAUUCCAGGGCUUACUGAAUGAAUUUUGAAUCGAAGAAGACAGGUUUGGAUCUGUGGUAUGACACAGAGGUGGGCAGGUGCAGAAACAUAUGUGGUUGGAGACACGCUAGUUCCCUGGCUCCAAGCUGCACCUGGGCCAUUUUUCUGGAGUCCAGAUUAGGAGCACGGGAGGAAGGGUGUCGGAUAACUUAUUAAGGCUACUACUGAAGGCUGACUAGAAUUUUUCAGUGAGCUUCCAGCUACCUGGAGGCAAUGGGCAUCAGUGUAGCUGUCUGGGUACAGCCUUCCAUGGCUGGAAUUAGGGCCAGCUCUUCGGGGGGAUUUACAUCUCCUUCUUGUCUUCCUGGUAUCAUUUAUAGGCGCAGGCCAACUCUAAACAACGGUGAGCUGCCUGCAGGGGCGUAUUUUUCUAAAUUUUAAAAGAUCUGGGAGAGGAUACAUGCAUCUUUAGGUGUCCAAACUUACUUGUCCUGUCAUCCCACCACUGCUUCCAAGCUGGAAGGCCUCGUGUUGGCUCUCCAGUUUAAAAAGGCUACCUGUUGUUCUUCAUUAUAUGAAAAGCUAGCUUCAGGCUAAUGACAAAUUGAGGGAAAUCUUAAAUGAAUGACUGUUUCCAACCACAGAAUGGAUAUCUGUCCACCAUCUGAGGCUGACUCUUGGGUUCUGAAGCUCAUGGGGAUAAUCCCACCCUAAGGCUUGUGGCUUUUGCAUUUGAUUUUUAAACAACGUAGCUUGUCAAUUAAGUUUCAUAGUUCUGUAAACCACUACAAUGUGAGACUUCUUCCAAAGUUAUCGUUGGCAUGAAGUGUUGAAAUUGUUUUCAAUUUACGGCUCAAUAAAUUUAAACAUAAGCAGGACACAGAAUUAAUAAGAUGCAACAAUGCUGGGGUAAGGAUUGGAUAGUUCGAAAAUUUAGUCUUGGUAGUCCAACAAAAACCUGAAUUGUUAUUGAUACAUUUCUUUGAUCAGAUAUCAAUCAUGUUGAGAUUCAGUUUUUCCUAAGGUUAAUAAACAAUUCGUUUUCAAUUAGAUGUUAACAAUUGAAAGUUGGCCAGCCACAGCAGAAAUUUCUGAAUUAUUAUAACCAUACAGGUAUUAUUUGGAUUCCCGUUAGUAAUUUCAGAGAAAAAUUGAUCAGACUAAUUAAUUAAUCAUGGAGCAACGGCCACUCUAGAUAUUAGCAAUACAUUUAUAACCAGGCAUGAGAUAUUUGGGCCAGAAUUUCAUUAUUGAGGUACAUCUCUUGAGUCUGAAAAUUGAGGCUUGGUUCCCAGAACUCCACUGCAACCAGUUUUCAGGUGCAGCAGGUGGUUUUAGGAAGAGUCAAAAUGUGGGAUGUGAUGAUGAGGGAUAUAGUCAGACUUGCCAAUUCCAUAAAGUAGAUUGUAGGCCACUGUGGGAGUGGGAGAUUAUUAAGGCACACUAGUUAGAAGGUCUGUCUUAGCUCCCUGAAACUUUGCCCCAGUUGAUUUAGCUUUUACUCCUCACAUCCCAACUCAUGGCCCACUUGCCCACCCGCAUGUCCCCUCUAUUCAAGCUUAUAUUGCAUGCCACAUUCAUAGCCACUCACGGCAGUAUCAAUUAUCAGAAGAUCUCAGGAGCCAUUUGGAGGUGAAAAGAUCAAACCAAUAAUAAUCGAUUACAGGUUUCAUUCAUUUACACAUUUGAUAUUGAUAAAACUUCUAUUCAUGAAAUUCAUUAAAAAAUAUUUUACAUCCCUCAAGUGUUCAAUCUGUUGUAAAAUUAUAUGUUUUAUUCAGUAAAUAUUUCAAAGGCAGCUAAUUCUUUGACAGCCUAUUUAAAUUAUCAACUAAAAUAUGAACUCAGCUUCUCCAUUGAUAUAAUUGCUUUUGUAGUUUUUUGUUUAAAACUCAGCCAAGAAUUCAUAAUGACUUUAGCUAUAAUAACAAACAUUGGGAAAUGUCAACAAUGAUUUGAUCGAAGCUGCAGGAACAGAUUAUAUUUUUUCUUUACACUACAUUAGAUGACCAAUCAAUCAAAGAAAUUCCCAAAAGAGUAUUCAUUUAAUUCUAACUGAUUACUUCAGCCAGCUUCUUGUCAAACGUUUCGGGGCAUAACAUUGAUCAUGACACUUACACGGACACUAUUCACCUUUCAAAAACAUACUCUAUCAAUUCAUGUCUUCCAUAAAGCGUUAAAAUGUUUCAAUUUGACAUUAAUUUUAAGAAGUCCUGCAGAGUUUGGGCUUCUCACCUGUGUGAUUCAUGCCUGCCUCCUAUCUUCUUCUGGAAAAAAUGGUGUCUUUCACAAAUGGGGAUGGGAUAUCUGCAUCCAGGUACAACCCACAACUUAUAAAGAUAUUGCUCAGCUUUGUGACAAAAAGCCCUAUAUACACUUGUAUUUUUUCAACAAAAAUACCAUUCCAUCACCUUUUACCAGCCUUGCUUCACUACCUCUACCUUGAUAGAUCAUCCAGCUCCUACAAUUCUAACACUGGUGCCACUUUACAAACCACACUAAUAAAUCAGCAAAGUGGUGCCGUGGUAGUGUGCCUGGGUUCAAGAUCUACCUGCUCUUGAGACAUAUAAUAAUAUCUCUGAAUAGGUUGAUGGCUCUGUGGUAGUGUCCCUACCUCUAUGCCAAGAAGCCUGGAUUCAAGUCCCACCUGCUUCAGAUGUGUGUAACAAAACUUCUAGGUGGAUUGAUUUUUUAAAAUAAAUCUAUAAAUAGCAACAUUCAAAAUUGAAUACAAUGAGUAAAUCAGCUGGAAAGAUGACCAAUAAAAAAUUGCCAUCAUAAAAAGACAGAAAAGACCAUGCAUUUCCACCGCAUUUAUCAUAUUCUCUGCAUACCUUAAAAUGAUUCAACAAUUCAUUACUUUUGAGAGGUGUUCAGCAUUGUAGUGCAGCUAAACAAGACAGUAAAAUUGCACCCACUAUCAUUCCACGGCUCAGUUAAGUGACCUCUCAGCCUGUAUAGCUUAAGGGGAGUACAUGUGGACAAGGACAUGAGAGAAUUCCCAUGUUCUUUCUUUUAUGGUGUUGGAUUACCAUUUACCAUUACUUUCAAAAAGUGGCACCUUUAAUGUUGCAUGACAGUGCUUCUCAGUAUGUGCCAAAGUCCUGGACUGGACUUAAGUUCACAGCCCUGUGCUUCAGAACCAAGUGCUUGUGCUGACUUUAUAAGGUACAUAUUUAUAAUCAUUUUUUCAGUCACUUGAUAUUAAGUGUAUCUGAAAUAAAUGUUAGUGCAAACAUUGUGUUCCAGUCAAUUGAUAGAUUUCAACCAAAUAUUUCCACAUAACUAAGAAAUCAAGUAAAUUAGAUGAUAUUAAACAAAUCUUUUCCAUUUCUUUAGAAACAAUUUCUUCUAAACAGGUAUAUUUUUGGUGCAUCCAGCUAGAGUUACACUUUACACAUUUACAUAUUAUUAUUUUUUAAAGUCCAGUUUCCUAUCCAACAAUGUUAAAUAAAUGGAAGAUGAAUUCACAGUAAAGGCAGAGGAGCUUUAAGUUGUCCUUGUUCAAGGAACCUGACUCUGCAGAUUCACCACCCUGUUAGCUACGAUAUUGAUUUGACCGAAAAAUAUUACUUCUCAGCAGAAAUUUGAGACAAGCUGCAUGUAAAGUCUUAGUGUUUUUUUUUAAAAACAAAGGAACCAGGGCACAUUGGACAGGCAUCAUUAAUAAUGAUAAUUAGGCCAUCAUGUAGCUAAAUUGAGGCUCUAUUUAAAAUACUACCUUGAUUGAAUUGGACUGCAUGGGUAUUUGUCCAGCAUUAAAAAUAAGUGUAAACAAAAAAAAAUGUGCAAGUUGCCCUUCACAGACUUAAAUGGUCAUUGUAUUACUCCUUGAGUGGGAUAGUCUAUUUAAUGUACCUACUUUUAGUUACAAUUAAUCACAUGAAUCAACCAACAAGAGGUGAAAUAAUACAAUGAAGACUAAAACUACUCACAAGUACAGUUGUGAUACCUGUCUGUUAAACAAUCUAUUUUUGCAUGUUAUGGAUUUUUACUCUGGAAAGCAUCUUUUUCCAGCUUUGUGUUCACUGAGAUUUUUGGUUUUACCUGUCUGCAGUACCUGGAUUAAAUGGCGCUGGAUCGUGGCGACAGUGGAAAAGCUUUUCACUGUAUUUUACUGUUUUUUUUCACUGUAAAAUACAGGUGACAUUAAAAUCAUUCAUUCAUUAUUAUCAAAUCCACUUUAUACCUCGGCAGCAGUCAUGCACAUAGCACAUUUUUUUUUGAAAAACAACUUUAAAUUGAAAUCAACAUUGGACGCAGAAUAACCACCAAAUCCCAUCCCUGUACUUCAGUUAAAGAAUACCAAAGUGUUGGAAAAAUAUUUCAACUUUGCCAAUUGAAAAGAUAGAAAUAUGUUUAUCUUAUAAUUCAUUUUUGUACUUUGACUCACAUAAAUACAUUAGCAAAUCCGAAUCUAAUGGUUAAAAGUACUACAAAUGAACCUUCUCAGUUGAACGUAAAUCCUCUAAAGUGCGUUUUAACUUUUUCUUUCUGCUGAUAAUUUCUUUGCAUGGAGUAUCCUUCUCAUUUUGAUUUAUUUGCAAUUUUUAUCUACAGUUUGGGAACAUUCAUUUCUCCUAAAGGCGUAGAUAGCUAUUACUUUCAACACCAACUUUGUGUCAGAAAUAUAGGCCUUGAUUAUUUUGGUUUAAACCUUCUCUCAACAUUCAUUAUGCUGGAGUUUACCAGAGUAGGGCUUCAAUAUUAAAUGUUACAAGUUUUCUUGCAAGAUAUUUCUGAUAUAUUUUCUACUUCUGCAAAUUAUUUUUACUGGAAACAUUAAAAAAAACCCAAAAAAAAUUUUGCCAUUUUGGAAAGUAUCAAAUUUUAGAAAAUAUUAAAACAUUGUUUAUAAAAAUAAUCCUAUCUUUUUAACUGUUUCAGUUCCACUUUUUCAUCUCAGUCCUGGCAAAAAUGUUUUAUUCUGUUCUUAACUAACCUGUAUUAGUUAUUUCUAUGGUCUUUCUCACCAACUAAUGCCCCUACUCCUGGAUAUAAAGAAUUCUUUUGAUCAAUUCAGACCUAUGAGUCAUUGGGAACUGUCCAAUUGCACACUUUCUCCAAGGCUUACAAAUGUUGCAUUUUGUUGGCUUGCCUUGUCUAUUCAGAAUUAAUUUGAGCAUGCUGUUACUGUACUUGUAUAAAAGCUGUUCUUAACAGUAAAUUGGGAUGGACAAUGAAUGCUGGCUUUGCCUGUGGUGCUCAUAUCAUAUGAAUGAAUAAAAAACAAAAGUUAUAUUACCUGGUCAGUUGACUGGAGGCUUAAACCAUGCUCAUGUUGCAAGAUUUGAAUGAAUACGUGUAAAGAAGAAAAUCUUGCAUUAAUGUAAUGUUUCAUCAUCAUUAGACAUCCAAAAGCACUUGCAGUGAAUAAUGUACGUUUUGAAGUGUAAUCACUGUUGAAAUGUAGGAAACUCGGCAGCUAACUUGCACGCAGUAAACUCUGCCGGACAUCAGUGCGAUAAUGAUAAGAUAAUUCAUUUCUUGUGUUGUUGAUUGAGGAAUAAAUAUUGACCAGGACACUAGGAAUAACUCCUCUGCUAGUGCCAUGGGAUCAUUUACAUCCACUGAGCAGACAGAUGGCACCUUGGUUUAACAUCUCCUUCAAAAGACAGCAAAUUCCUCAGUACAAUCCCCUCUCAGUACGUUGCUCAAUUGAUUCUUGUGUCUGAGGCCUGGUGUGGGACUCGAACCAGAAACCUUGCAAUUCAGAGGGAUUUUUGUUUAUUUUUUGAGAAGUGAGAGUGUCACUUGCAGGGUAUUUCCUAUCCCUAAUUCCUUUAGCUGAGUGGCUUGCUGGGCGAUUUCAGAUCAUAAUUAAGAGACAACACAUUGUUGUACAUUUGGAGUUAUAUGUAGGCCAAGAAACAGAUAUUGUCAGUUGAGCUGCAGCAGACACCCUUAUAAACUUUAAGAUUUUUUUCUUUUUCCUUAUGCUUGGUUUUGGAUAUGUCUAACAGUUGUACAAUUAGAAAUUAAUAAAGUUUAAAUUAUAGAUAAUCUCUGAAAUUCUCUGUCCAUAACAAAAGUAAAGGAAAAAACAUUUAAUCGGGAAUAAAUUUUUGAUAAAAUUCCUUGACCUGCUAUAACUCCUGGAUGCAUUAUUGUGUUUGAUUAUCAGGGAAAUUGUAGAAUAUUUAAUGAUUGAUCUUGUGUUGAUCAAAAAGAGUUGAUAGCAGAAGUACAACCUGAGCAUAUAACACUAUCAGCAAGAGAUGUGGAGUAUGGGCUUAGGAUCUUUUGAUAUUGCCAGUUUAAAGUGAAGAAGAUCAGCCUUCCUUUUUGGUGUUAUAAGACUGUUAGAAGCAUUGUUUAUGAGUUUGGACAGUUAUUGAGAUCUAUUUAAGCUGGUGCUUUCGUCAAACAAUUUUGUUGUGACUGCUUCAGUAAAAUCCAAGUAAAAAGUGAUAAAUUAUAAUUUAAAUUACAGCAGUAACAGCAUAUAAUGUCUUAAAAUGCAAUGCAUGGCCAUGCCCUUGAUAAAUUAUGACUAUGUUAACAUUAGUAUGAUAUUUGAAAUCUACAAAUACCGCCAAAUUUAAGUUUUUUACAACAUAUUUAAUCACCAUGUGAAUUAUCUCCUUCAUUUUCAGUCUACUCACCAAUAGUUAGCUCUUGCUUUCUUCCAAUUCACAAUAAAUAAAUCCAAAAUGUUGUGCCACCAUUUCAAAAUCAUUACUAUGAUCUGGAUAGUGAUUGACAAACAGAACUCUAUUACCUAUACAAUUGUAUUGCCCUCUUCACAUUGUUUCACUUCAUCAUGUUCAUCUUUAUUUUUUAAGUCUACCUAGUCAGAGGGACAACAAUUUUAGAUCUGAUCAUAGUAAUGACUUUAGAAGAGACCAAUGAUUAAGCUUCCCUAUGUAUUUUUGCAGUCACCUGACAGUGCAGCAAUACAGAAGUCCCACACGGGCCUAACACAGAUCAAUCCCAUUAAGUUGCUGCACAAGAAAGAAAUUUGAAGGACCGAUGCACUUAAAUGAACAGGUUGUGCACAACAAACAUUCCAGCAAAGUCCAUGUCCAGAUGCUAUUGAUCACUUCCUUUAUAGUAAACUGAAUCUAAAAUUUUUCAUUAUUGAAAUUCACUAAAUUAUGAUAUAGGCCUCCAUGAGGUGGUUAAGGCUUCAUUCACAUCUCUUUCAAGAUCUCCAAUUUAUUGAUUUUAUAUCCUGAAAGGGGUUGGGUAAUGGUUUAACACAUUCAUGUACAAUAGAGAAAACAUUUCUUGUUAACUUUCAUUUAACUAUUUCCUCAAUGCCAAGGGCCAACAGCUCCUUUAAUUUCGGAUCUCAUGUUGAAGUGAUUUUAUUCUAAUUUUAUUAGAAAAGGUUUUUGAGUUCCUUAUUAAUUUAAAAUUCUAUCUUUUAAAAAUUUCAGAUGGGUUUUCUGCCCAUUUCAGUAGCAAAUACUUUCAAGCUAACAGCUAUGUUAAUUUUCCAUGAUAAAACGCAGGACAUCACAAUAAAUAAAAUUGAGCUAGUUAAUUUAAGAUGCUGUUGUCCAUCCUUACCAGAAAAUAUGUUACUUAAUCAUUGUUUUCAAUAAACUCUCAAUAUGACUUGACCAGGUCCUUAAAGAAGUGUAAGCGUUUUUAAAAUAUGUUAAGAAAACUCUAUUUCUUGCUAUCCUGCCAUUAACUGUUGAAAGAGAGGUAUAUUUAACUCAAACUUUUGAGACUUGGUAACAGUGCUUUGAAAUUAAUUUUCAUUGACCCUGUAAAAUAAGGCAAUGUGUGUCACUUGCCAAGGUUUUUUUAAAGUCAGUGUUUCAUCCCAGGCUCGAGUUAUCAGUGAAAUUUUCUAACAAUUUCUGAUGAUAGCAUGAUAUAAAUAUAAUAAUGUUGAUUCUGUAGAAAUAAUGUCUCCAAUGUGGGUAAACAAUCUUAUGUGUGUUAACACUUCCUGCCUAAAAUGUUGGAUCUGUAAAUACCUGGUGGGAGAAGGAAAGUCAGUCAUGUAACAGUUGGUGGAUGAAGGGCUGGGUUGGAGUGGAGAAAGCAAGGGGCAGUGGGGCAAGUGAAGAAAUCUCCCUGUUAAUCCUGUUCCUUGGCAAUCACUUUGUGAAUAUUCCUAACAGAUAAUAUUUCAAAGAUUGAUUUUCACACUCAUAACUAUCAGCUUGUACAGUAAAAGCUAUUUCCCCAUAACAUUCAUUAUGGGAAUGAGCAGAUACGUCACCUUUUACCCUUAGGUCUCAAAAAGCUUAUUAUAUUUCCUUAACAGACAUAAAACAAUAAUACUCGUUGAUAACAUUCAACUCACUUCCACAGUUGCAACCAAUGUCAUUACUUGAGGAUAUCAAAUCUUUGAUCUUACAUUUAGCUGGAUGGUAAUCUUUCAUUUAAAUUAUAAUAUGCACUUUUAUGGUGAGCAUGGCUUAGUAAUAUUCAGAUUAGGAAAUAAAUUUGGAUUUUCUCCAUUUAUCUGAAUUUGCCCUAAAGAUUAGACAUUACUGUUAGCUGUUCUACUUGGUUGAACAGUUCCUGGAAUCAAUAGGUCAACAGUGUAGGAAAGGCCAUGAAAUUUCUUUCCAGGUGAUUUCAUAAGUGCCUCAAUUUUGAUGAAAGUAUUUCCCAUCAUCUGUGUGAUAUUAAGAACAGGUUUGGUAUAAAAUGUGUUUUUCCUCCGUUGAAAUAUCAUUGAAAUUCUUUUCAUGUCAAAUUUGUGAAAGCCUCAUCACAGAAUGUAAACUAUAAUUUUACUCCUUAUUUCCAAAGCCACACAUUUUGGUUAAUUCCUCACUCCUUUGUGUCCUUGGUCAAAGUAAUUAGCACAAAAGAUUAGCACUCUAAAACCAGCUUUAGGAUAAGUGGGUCAGAAUGAUGAUCCUUGAAAUUUUCCCUCUUCUUUGUUUCUCAGUUUCUAAUUACUCCUUCCCCUCAAUGAUUCAUCUAAGUUUUGGAACGGGCUAAAUGAGAAUUACAGACAUGAACUCAAGUCCUACCACUAUGAGGUGCAGUGAGUUGGUACAAAUUUGUGUCAUAUUAUUUUCAUAAAAUUAUUGAAAUUAUAUUUGGACAUGAAGAUGCAGAAUUCCAAAGAUACUAAAUGGAAAUCUUGCUUUACCUGUGAACUACAUCUAAAGUUAUAGAGAAAACCAUGAAUAUUGAAUAUUAUUUACUUUAUUUUGUUAACUGAUCAUUCACGGGGAUACUAUAUACUUGAGAGUACUUUACCUAGACUGCAAACACUUCUGAAUGCUAUGGAGAGAAGGGCUCAAUGAAGAAUCAAAAUAAAAUGUUAUUAUAUGAUUUCGCACUCUUACUAUCAUUGACAAAGUAAACUCCUUUAUUCAAGGAUAUCCAGCAGUUGUACUGUUGAGGCCAGAAAUACUACAUUAAUAACAACUUGCACUUAAAUAGUAUCUUUAACGUAGAAAAAUUCCCAAGGUGCUUCACAGAGGCUUAACUAAACGUUGAUAAUUAGAGUUUUAUUAAUGUGUAAGUGCUAUCUACAAUUCUUUCUUUAACAUCAGGAGUCACCUGGAGACUAUACUAUCAACCUUCCAUUCUUCUAUGCAUUUAUGAACAGUUAUUUGGCCGUUAAUAUUCUGGUAAAGCUUACAGCCAGAGAAGAAUUGACUGAAACUCUUUGUGAGUUCAUGGGAUAGUGAUACCAGUGUAUCAGCAAUCCUUUUUCAAUUUUACUGUUUCAGACCCUGGACUGGCAACCAUUGAUGCAAUGUGAGCUGUUUACUAACAUUGUACAUGUUGUCCAACUACAAGCGUGCCUUCUACUGGCCAAUCUGCAGUCAUUGAGAAGUCCAGAGCCACUGCAGGUCCUGAUCCUUUGAACGAAGUAUAUGAUAAUAAAGAAGACUUUGGCAGAAAAGAGAAAUACUUGGCAAAUAUAUAGAUAUAUGUUUCAUUUUUAGUGCAAUUUUAAAAGUAAUGACUACUUCAAUGGCCCUGUGAAUUUCUUUGCAUGUAUCAUCAGUAUAACAGUUCAUCUACAGGAAUAAAAUGCAACAAGCUUUUAGACUGCUAAAGACCACCAAUUGACCUACUUUAUAAUUAUUAUGCUGGGGCUUUGAUGGAAGUACAUUGACUGUAAUCUAGCCAAUUAAUGUACAGUCUGCAUGCUGCAGCUCUGCACACAGCAUGGAAAGCAACGGCAUUGUACAUGUCAGCCUACGAGAAGGUAUUGCUUUCAUCAAGUUUAGUUAGAACUCAACUGCAAACUGUAGUAAAUCAUUGAGCAGUACAGAAAUGUUAUUUCUCCAGUUUGUUAUUUAAGCAACCUUCAAAUGAAUUGGUAUCAUUAAAAAAUUCUGUACAAGCAAAUUAAUUUGGCUUAAUAAGUCCAAUUGUUAAAAUUCAAGCUCUGUAAAUCACUGUAGGAUCCAUAAGAUUCUAAUCAACAAAGGUUGCAUUAAACGUUCACUCUUUCUGUUCUGGAGUCCUUUGUUGGUCAAUUUUUGAAAUGUAAGAAUGUAUUUACUUCCAAAUUUCCUUUACAAAUUUUGAAUUCAAUUGCAGCAAUUAUUUUAUAGUUGACUCCUAAAUCAGAUCAAUUAAAAUUUAUAUUCACAGAUAAAUGAUUUUUGAAACUGGUCUGAAAUUUAUUUGUUGGAUAUCGGAUACUACAUUUUUAAAUCACAAUAUCAUGGCACCAUGAAUCUCAAUUAUGCCAUUCUGUUUCUGUAUGCUUUCCAGACGGAAAAUAAGCUCCAAUGUACAACUGUGGUUUCUGUGUUAUUUUAAACUUUGUUCAACAUUGCAUGACAGAGUUACUUGCAGUUGAUAACAUGCAAACUAAAACUUUGUUCAAGUAUACACUUUGCCUCAGACAGCACAAAAAUGCCUAUUAUUAUGAUAAACAAGUUGUUGCCUUUUGUGACUCAAAGUAGAGUUCAAUUGUUUGAAUUUGUCAGUUUUUUCAACCUAAAAAUGUUUUUUUUUGCAUGUAAACAGAUGUUUGAAGAUUCAUUCUUUAAUCUCUGAUAAUGUGACGAUUUCAUGCUUUA